AUGUUCAUAUCUAUCUAUCUAUCUAUCUAUCUAUCUAUCUAUCACUUUCUCUACAUAUCAAUCGUUUUCCUUCACUCAAUUUCUCUCUCUCUCUCUCUCUCUCUAUCUAUCUAUCUACAUUUUUAUGUUCAGAUCUAUGUAGCAAUCUCUAUGUUUUCAUAUCUAUCUAUCUAUCUAUCUAUCUAUCUAUCUAGCUAUCUGAUUCUGUUUCAUUCUUUCUAUCUAUCUAUCUAUCUAUCUAUCUAUCUAUCUAUCUAUCUAUCUAUCUAUCACAUUUUCUUCAUAACACAAUCUCUAUGUUUUCAUAUCUAUCUAUCUAUCUAUCUAUCUAUCUAUCUAUCUCUCUAUCUAUCUAUCUAUCUGAUUCUGUUUAAUUCUAUCUAUCUAUCUAUCUAUCAAUCACUUUUUCUUCAUAACAGUCUAUCUAUCUACAUUUUUCUGUUCAGAUCUAUGUGUCUAUUUAGCAAUCUCUAUCUAUCUGAUUAUGUUUCAUUCUAUCUAUCUAUCUAUCUAUCUAUCUAUCUAUCUAUCUAUCUAUCUAUCUAUCUAUCUAUAUAUAUAUCUAUCUAUCACUUCUUCUUCAUAACAGUCUAUCUAUCUAUCUACAUUUUUCUGUUCAGAUCUAUGUGUCUAUUUAGCAAUCUCUAUGUUUUCAUAUCUAUCUAUCUAUCUAUCUCAUUUUCUUCAUAUCAUGUUCCAAUUAUUUUGUCCAACUGCUGUAUCUAUCUAUCAAUCGAUCUAUCUAUAUUUAUGUUUUCAGAUCUAUCUAUUUUCCAAUAUCUAUCUAUCUAUCUAUCUAUCUAUCUAUCUAUCUAUCUAUCUAUCUAUCUAUCAUCAGCCAGCAAUAACAAUUUUCUUUACCAGUAUUUUGUUUAUUUCUUUCUAUAA